AUGGCAAAGAGAAUAAAAGCUAAGCCCACCUCAGACAAACCUGGAAGUCCAUAUCGCUCUGUCACGCACUUCCACUCACUAGCUGUCAUAGACAUCCCUGGAGCUGAUACUCUGGAUAAAUUAUUUGACCAUGCUGUAGCCAAGUUUGGAAAGAAGGACAGCCUUGGGACCAGGGAAAUCCUAAGGUUACUCCCUACAGGACUGAAACCAAAGAGCACCAUUGCCAUUUUCUGUGAGACCAGGGCUGAGUGGAUGAUUGCAGCACAGACCUGCUUCAAGUACAACUUUCCCCUUGUGACUUUAUAUGCCACACUUGGCAAAGAAGCUGUAGUUCAUGGGUUGAAUGAAUCCGAAGCUUCCUAUCUGAUUACUAGUGUUGAACUUCUGGAAAGCAAAUUGAAGGCGGCAUUAUUAGAUAUCAGUUGUGUCAAACAUAUUUAUGUGGAUAAUAAGACUAUCAAUAAAGCAGAGUACCCUGACGGGUUUGAGAUUCACAACAUGCAAUCAGUAGAAGAGUUGGGAUCCAAGCCAGAAAACUCAAGCAUUCCUCCAAAUCGACCAACUCCUUCAGACAUGGCCAUUGUCAUGUACACUACUGGCCGACCCAAGGGAGUGAUGAUUCAUCAUAGCAAUUUGAUAGCUGGAAUAACAGGCCAGUGUGAAAGAAUACCUGGACUUGGACCAAAGGACACGUAUAUUGGUUACUUACCCUUGGCUCAUAUGCUGGAAUUGACAGCAGAGAUAUCUUACUUUACCUAUGGCUGUAGGAUUGGAUAUUCUUCUCCACUUACAUUAUCUGACCAGUCCAGCAAAAUCAAGAAGGGAAGCAAGGGUGAUUGUACUGUGCUGAAACCCACUCUUAUGGCUGCUGUUCCGGAAAUCAUGGAUAGAAUUUAUAAGAAUGUUAUGAGCAAGGUUCAAGAGAUGAAUUAUAUUCAGAAAAGUCUAUUCAAAAUAGGGUAUGAUUACAAAUUAGAACAAAUCAAAAAGGGAUAUGAUGCUUCUCUUUGUAAUCUGUUACUCUUUAAAAAGGUGAAGGCUCUGCUGGGAGGGAAUGUCCGGAUGAUGCUGUCUGGUGGGACCCCACUGUCUCCUCAAACUCAGGAAUUGUCCACUGAUUGA